AUGACAUUUGAUCCUGGCCAACUUCUUAGUCGCAAAUCAUCCACUCCGUCGGUGGUGUCUAAUGCUAAUGGUACCCCCUCCCCUGUGGUUGGGGAGGGCUCUCUAUCUCUCUCUACUUCCCUACAUCUGGAUUCUAACAUCCUCACAAAAAAGGUGAUUGAUACUUUACUGGAGCUGAAGCGGGCAAAAUCUCAUAAAACGAUUCAAUUUCCUCCUCCUGAUUUUGACCGCGUGGAGACAACGGAUCGUUUUCUUCUGAUGACCAGUCGCCAUUCGACAGCGAUCAGUCACCAGAAGAAAAUGAUUCGUUGUCUCCACGCGGUCAAAAUCAGGAGGAGGAAAUUGAACCGUUUCAUGAGAUUUUGCCCGCUUCAGCUCCAGUACCGCACCAAUCACCUGCUAAGGAAGUCAUUCAGAAGGCACAGAGCCUACAUAUCAGCUCCAGAAAGAAAGAACCGUGGUAAACCUCGAGUACAAUAUGAAACAGAUCUUAAAGCCAAAGGGAAAUACCCCAUCAAUGAUUAUAUAUCUCUCAGCAGAUUAUCAGAGUCACGUGUGCACUAUAUGAAGCAGUUGGCUGACAUAUUUGUCCCCAACAGUGUAACUGAAGCGCUAGCAGACCCAAAAUGGAAAGAAGCAAUGAAUGAAGAAAUGCGAGCUCUCCAAAAGAAUGUCACAUGGGAACUCGUGCCCCUACCUCAUGGAAAGAAGACAGUAGGAUGCAGGUGGAUUUAUACUGUGAAACUCAAAGCAGAUGGAUCCGUUGAAAGAUAUAAAGCUAGAUUGGUGGCGAAGGGCUACACACAAAGAUAUGAGAUAGACUACGAGGAGACCUUUGCCCCAGUAGCCAAGAUUAACACUAUUAGAGUCCUAUUGUCUCUAGCGGCAAAUCUCGAUUGGCCACUACAUCAGUUUGAUGUCAAAAAUGCAUUCUUACAUGGAGACUUGGAAGAAGAAGUAUAUAUGGACUUACCCCUAGGAUGUAAUUCAGCUCAUGACAAGAAAAAUCAAAGUAAUUCAGAUCACACCCUGUUCUUGAAGCGUGAUGAAGGAGAACUUACUGCAUUGAUUGUUUAUGUAGAUGACAUAAUCUAUGUAAUGGAUCUACUCACAGAAACAGGAAUGCUUGGAUGUAAGCCUGCUGACACACCCAUUGAGAUUAAUCACAAGUUGUGUGAAGACAUGGACCAAGAACCAACCAAUAAGGAACAGUACCAACGCCUUGUUGGAAGGUUGAUAUACCUAGCACACACAAAACCAGAUAUUGCAUAUGUGGUGAGUGUGGUUAGUCAGUUUAUGCAUUCGCCCAGUGUCUUUCACAGGAAUGCAGUUGAUCGGAUCUUAAGAUACUUAAAGUCAGCACAUGGGGAAGGAUUAAUGUUCUCAAAAAAUGGAGAUCUUGAAGUUGUUGGAUAUACAGAUGUUGAUUGGGCUGAUUCCAUUACAGAUAAACGCUCUACUUUUGGUUACUUUACAUUCGUGGGAGGUAACCUAGUCACUUGGCGGAGUAAAAAGCAAAAUGUGGUUUCUCGGUCUAGUGCAGAAGCAGAGUAUCGAGGAAUGGCUCACGGAGUUUGUGAAUUAUUGUGGAUCAGAAGACUCUUGACAGAAUUGGGCUUCAAGCCAGAAAAGCCAUUGGAGUUGCAUUGUGACAACAAGCCAGCUAUCGAUAUUGCCCAUAAUCCAGUUCAACAUGAUUGA